GCUCACGCAUGCACGUGACUCAGGGUGGCACCCACCAGAACCCAUUCCAUUAUCUCCAUUCUCUCUGCUCCGGCCUCCAAGAAGCAUCCAUGGCGCUGGCUAUUUAAACCCCUCCACUUUCCCUCCUCAGACUGCAAGCCACAUACACAGUCUGGACACUGCCAUCAUCUAAGAACAAGAUACUGAUCGAUACGAAGCUGCAGACGCAGAGAUGAGCAAAGGUCUCGCCGUCCUGCUACUCCUCGUCUCGCUUGCUCUGAGCUCCGGCGUCGGCUUCUGCGACGCGAGGAGCGGCAAGCACUGGAGGCAGAACAGAGGACCCUCCUCCAGCUCCAUGUUCAGAAGGAAAGGAAAAGGGAAGAACGGCGGCGGUUCCCCUUCCCACAGCCACAGGCAGUACGGCAAAGGGCGUCAGAGUCCUGCAAUGCCGGCGCCGCCAAGUCCAGGCGGUGGUCAUGGCUAUGCGUCGCCGUCUCCACCACCGCCAUCGCUGCCACCACAAGCACCCUCUGUGCCACGGUCGCCGCCACCACCUCUGCCCCCGUCGUUGCCGCCACAAGCACCGCCAUCGGACGAGCCGUCGCAGGGCACGGUGUUCAACGUGGUUGCUUUCGGAGCGCGGGGUGACGGAGUUACGGAUGAUACUCAGGCUUUUGAAGCAGCAUGGGCAGCAGCGUGCAAGGUGGAGGCAUCGACGGUUCUUGUACCACCUGAACUCGAGUUCGUUGUUGGCCCAAUCUCAUUUUCGGGGCCUAACUGCAAACCUAACAUUCUGUUCCAGCUGGAUGGAACCAUUUCGGCUAAAACUGGCGCGAGAGCGUGGGGCUCCGGUUUGCUUCAGUGGCUCGAGUUCACAAAACUAAAUGGGAUAUCAAUUCAAGGCAGUGGUGUCAUAAAUGGUCAGGGUAAAGAAUGGUGGACCUAUUCAGAUUCAAAUGAUGAUGAUGAUGAUAUGGACUCAGUAAGGCCUGACCAUCUAACAGCUUCCUUACUUAAUAAACAACUCAAAAGUAGACAAAUCUAUGAUCAGGAGCUGGAGAAGAUGCCACAGAUUAAACCCACGGCGCUAAGGUUUUACGGCAGUUCCGAUGUCAGAGUAACUGGUAUCAGCAUCAUCAACAGCCCGCAGUGCCAUCUGAAGUUCGAUAGCUGUCAGGGAGUCAUGGUUCAUAACCUCACCAUCUCUUCCCCUGAGAAUAGCCCCAACACUGAUGGAAUACACCUGCAAAACUCCAAGGAUGUCAACAUUCACCACACUGACCUGGCCUGCGGUGAUGACUGCAUCUCCAUCCAGACAGGCUGCAGCGACGUAAACAUACAUAAUGUGAACUGCGGACCAGGCCAUGGGAUCAGCAUUGGUGGCCUAGGGAGGUACAACACCAAGGCAUGUGUCUCCAACAUCACUGUAAGAGAUGUCAACAUGUUCAAAACAAUGACCGGUGUCAGGAUCAAGACUUGGCAGGGUGGCUCAGGGCUGGUCCAGGGCAUAAGGUUCUCCAACAUACACAUGUCAGAGGUUCAGACGCCCAUCAUGAUCGACCAGUUCUACUGCGACAAAACAUCGUGCACGAACCAGACCUCGGCGGUGGCGGUCUCGGGCGUGCAGUACGAGAACAUCCGGGGGACUUUCACGAUCAAGCCCGCCCAUUUCGCGUGCAGCGACAGCUCGCCGUGUUCGGAGAUCACCCUGACCGGGAUACAACUGAGACCCCUGGUAGUGCCUCAGUACCACACAUGCAGCAGCCCCUUCUGCUGGCAGGCCUUCGGGGAGCUGUACACUCCCACCAUCCCUCCUAUUUCAUGCUUGCAGCUCGGCAAGCCGGCCGGGAACCGCGUGCUGUCGGACCACGAUCAGUGCUGAAACACUCUAGACGAUCCAGAAACUCUUGGGUGGUGUGGAUACAUACAGCUUUUGUUAGGAUGUGGAUGUCAUGGCAUGUACCACAUUUUUUUUUGAUAAGUAUAGAAUAGUGCUCGUGCAGCAUCUGCAGUGUUGUAGUAUGAUGCAGUGUAGUUGUAGGAGAUACCUGAAAAGUGAGAAGAAACGCAAGGCCAUUAGUGUGAUCAAUCUAUGAGAGCAGCCAUAUGAAAUUAUAAAUAUGGCGACUACCCAUCAUUAUAAAAACCUAUCGAUAUGACAGCAAAGAUGGUGA